AUGGAGCAGCUUGGGAGAUUCAUUCAAUCAGAUGCCAAAGGAAUAUUGGAAAAGAUACGGUUGUGUUUAAUAAAGAAACUGCUGCCACAUUCGGAAGACAGAAGGAGGUAUCAUGAGGAGUUUGUCUCAUCCACUUCAUUUCAUGGCGUGCAUAACGUUGUCCACACGCAGAGCAAGGCUCGCAGAGUGCUGUGGCUGCUGAUAGUUGCAGGCUGCCUUGCCACUGUCAUUUGGCAGAUCUGCAGUCGCUUCAUCUACUACUUCAGCUGGCCAACCACAAGUACAGUGGUGGUUCAGUACGUGGAAAACAUCAAGUUCCCCUCUGUGACCUUUUGCAACUUGAACAGGUUUCAAGCUCAUGCAGUGAGCAACCUGAAAGUAAUUUUUUUAGUUUGGAACAUUGUAUCUGCAAUACUCAAAAAAUUUGCUAUGGAAGAUAAAUAUUCCCAGGAGUUAAAUGAUUUCCUUCUUGGGAACCAGAACUUCAGCAUCAAAGAGUUUACAAGGAAAAAUGGGUUUUAUCUGAACAGCAGCACAUUGCUAGAAUGUGAUUUUUUUGGAAAGCCAUGUUACCCACAGGAUUUUGAACAUGUUUUCACCGAAUAUGGAAACUGCUUUACUUUUAAUCACAAUGAUCUCUCCGCAAAAAGAGUGAGUUUGUCUGGAAGAGGCUUACAUUUGCUUUUUGAUGUCCAGCAGGACAAAUUCACUGAUGAACCUACUCUUGGUUAUACUGAUGCUGGAGUAACUUUUAUUAUCCAUUCACCCCAAGAGCUUCCACGCUUUGAUGGUUUAGGUUUAUUGACACCAGUGGGGAUGCAUGCACGGGUCGCAAUCCACCAGCUGAAGUCAAUUAUCCAAGAAUACCCAUGGGGAGAGUGCAAGCCUGAUAUAAAGCUUCAGUACCACAAGAUUUAUAGUACUAAUGGAUGUUUGUUGGAAUGCAAAGCCCGGUACAUACAGGACUGGUGUGGCUGUUUGCCAUUCAUUCUUCCAGGAAAUGGAACAGAAUGUGACUUGCUGAAGUUUUACAAAUGUGUUUAUCCAGCAGUCUAUGAUAUAGAGAUAAAAGGAUUAUGUACAGUAGGAACACACAAUUCCACUUGCCCUGCCCCAUGUGAAGAAACAGAUUAUCCUACCACUGUCACCUAUUCAAACUUGGGAGGAGAAAAAGCCAUAAAAUAUUUUUCUACAAAACUGAAGAAAAGCCCAGAAUACAUCAGGCAAAACCUUGUGCGCAUUGAGAUUAAAUAUCAUGAUUUGAGCUACAAAAUAACACAGCAGCAGAAAGCCUUGACUGUCUCUGAGUUGCUUUCUGAAGUAGGUGGCCAGCUUGGAUUGUUUUGUGGUGCCAGUAUGAUUACAAUCAUAGAACUGCUAGAGUAUAUUUUUACUAACUUCUGUUGGAUGUGCAUCUUUCUUCUUUUGAAAGCUCCUGAAAUGCCUCAGUGGAACAAUCCAUCCCAGAACCAACCAACACAUAAGGAAAAAAAGAGGGGAAUACAAGAAUGUUAG